UAAGUAGCCAAUACCUUCCUGUUUGUCAUUCUGACCCCGGCGUGAGGGGGAAUUGUGUCUGUUGUACUUUUAAGGAUACAUCUUUGAAAUAGUUUCUCGAACGGACUGGACAUUAGCGAGUAAUAUACUCCGAAGCGGUGGGUGGUGGGCACGCAUCCGAAGCCUCACUAGAAGACCUCUCUGGCACCCUCUCCUCCUACGGCAUUGUUUUGGGUUGGCCUCUGGAAUCAGUUGAAAUGCCUUGGGAGGUGCAGACAAAGGAUCCACUUUGGGAAAGUUGUAUUGCUGGAGUCCUCCUCUCUCCAUGUGCAUCCCUAAUGGGCGGCUGGUCUCGUAUUGCGGUGCUGGAGCUGUACCGAGCACUGCUCCGUGCAGGGCGCAACCUUCACUACACAGACCGCAACUGCUACCAGCGCGCCGUGGCCGGGGAGUUCCGCCGCUGCCAGGCCCUGACCGUGCCGAGCGACAAGGAGGGCACACUGAAGAGGGGCCAGUUCUUCCUCAGCAGUAGACUGGGGGGGCUGAUGUAGGUGGGGGUCAACCAUCCAACCACACCUCUAGCAAGACGUGCUUGUGUCAGACCACUAACAGACAGAAUGGCGGGAGUGAACGGUGACCGUAAAGGAAAGAAGGAUGACAACGGAAUGGGCACGGCCGUUGACUUUUUGCUCUCUAAUGCCAAGCUUGUGCUUGGGGUCGGAGGAGCUGCCAUGCUUAGCAUUGCAACACUAGC